AUGCUACUGCGAACCGUAAUACGACCCUCCCUCUCCUUUCCUUCGGCCUUGAAAUCGAUAUCUGCUCCUCUAGCACGGCCUGCUAUCAAGCGACCUGUUCUUGUUGCAUUCGGACUCACGGCCUCCCUGCCUUUCAUCCAAUCUUCGUCCAUCAUUAGGCUCGACUCUUCACCCUACUCACCACCUCCCGCGGGUACCGCUGAGUUUAGCAGCACCUCCUCAAAUUCCCGCGGACCGAAGGUUCCCCUCACAAAAGAUGGAAAGACAAUCAAUCCCGCUGCUGUCAAGCAAAUAAGUUUGGGUUCCAUACUAGGGCUGGCCGCAGGACUGGUGGUGUCGGCUUUUUCCACAAGCUUGACAUUACUGAUCGGACUGGGCAUUGUCGUCUCGCAACUUGCCGCACGAAGAGGAUAUAAUAUCAUACCAGUGGAGCGCUUACAGCGCUACUUCAAGAACAUUGACCUGCGCAGUGCAAUCAAUGAUAAUCUGGCGUUUAAAAUCAGUUUCGGACUUAUGUUUGCCCUUUCCGCUUUCGGUGAGUUUUAG